AUGUCUUCUUCGAUUCGUACUUGCGCCAUUACUAAAUGCGAAAAUUCGUCUUUUGCUUUAUGCAAUUGCUGCCAAGAACUUAUCUGCAUUGAUCAUUUGAAAGUACAUUCUGAUCAGUGUAAUGCACAACUUCUACCAAUAGCCGAUGAAGUCAACCAAUUACUAGAACGACUGAACGAAGUGAAUUCGACCGAAUUAAUAUGUGUGAAACAAUUGGAAGAAUGGAGACAAGCUGCACAUAGAUUAGUCGAUUCAUUUUGUGAGCAAAAACGUCAUGCCUUGCUCAAUAGGGUGCACAAACGAGAACGAGAAAAACUUGACAAUUGCCGAGGUAAAUUAAACGAACUAAUUCGAAAGAAAGGUGGCACUCCAGAAAAUAUAGAGUCGUUGAGAAAUGAUAUUCGAUUAAUCGAACAGAAUCUCAAUGAGCUCAAACACUUUCAAUUAGAAUUACAACCAUUAGUCAUUGACAGCGAUUUAAUUACUAUUCCACGAUUGAAUCAAAAUAUUCUUCAACUUUCGAUUCCCGAUAAAAAAAUCGAGUGCGUAUCACCGCAUUUCUACCUCUUGGCUAGUAAUGACCAAUACUUGUUGGCUGAUAUCGGUACCGCUUUGUGUCUGCUCGAUCUUGAUUUAAACAUUGUGAAAGAAAUAGAUUUUACGUAUGGUAGCAUAUGGGAUAUGUUUUGGUCUUCGAAAAUCAGUCGAUUUUUCGUAAUGACUAAAAACAGAAUAUUGACAUUCGAUAUAGUGACAAUGAGUAUUCAAUUAUGCGGGAUUCCUUGUGAUUCAGACAGUUUAUGGACUCGUGGAACAUGUUCUGAUGCGAGCUUGUACUUGUCAGCGAUAUCAAACGAAGACAGUGCAUUUAUUCAUGAAUUCACGUUACCCUUAACUUCAUUCGUCAGAACACAUCGGCUACCUUCAAGCUCAAACGUCGGUAACUCAAUUCGAGAUAUAAAAUUUCGAAGUGAUUCAUUCAUUAUCAUACGAGGUGAUUGGAAACCACACUCCGCCACGUGUCUUGAGCUGCGUUCAGCAAUAACACUUGAUUGUCUGUGGUCAGUUCCAAUUGACACUGCGGGUCGCUGCUAUUAUAUGAAUAAGAAUAAUUGGAUAGUUGUCGAUUACUACAAGGAGCAACUCCUUCGUAUCUCCAUGGAUGGAGCAAUCGUAGAACAAAGUAAAUAUGUGCCAGGACCAACAGACGUACUUCCAUGGAAUGAUGACUUACUCAUAGUGCGAACUGCGAAACAAAUAAACCUGCAUGUGCUUCAAUGA